UUUACGUUUUUUUAGCUUAGUGUUUUCGUGUCAUUUGAAGAUUUGUCUAACGAUCUAGUUUUGAUCCUGUAGUUGAUCUGUUAAUUCUUAAUAAUCAGUUUCAAUUGACAGAUUAUUGGUGACAUUCGAUUACUUUUAGCAUAUUCACGGGAUAAAAAUGGAUAAUCUUUUACAAGAAAAUCAUAGUCUGUUAAAGAAAUUAGAAUUGAAAAAAGAAAUGGAAGCAGCUUAUCUUGAUGAAAUUGAACAACUUCGAUCAGUAAUUACUCGAUUACAACAAGAAAAAACACCACUUACCACUGCACGUGUUGAUGACAAUUCUUCAUUGUUAUAUAAUCUAGAAAGUCGUCUUGAAAAAUCAGAAGAAAAAGUUGUAUCACUUACUAAAGAGCUUGAUUUAGCUAAAAAACGUGAAGCUGAUUUGUUGGAACAGUUAAAUAGUUUUGUUAAUAAAAUGGAUAGUAUUUCUGAAAGUUCUAUCACUGUUCCUGAAUCACAUAAUGCUUUAUUGGAGGAAAUUAAUCGAUUGAAAGAGGAGUUGUCCAGUCAAGAAACUUCUAGUCGUCUUGAACAAUCAAAAUUAACUCGUCAAAUUCAAGAAUCCGAAGAGGAUCGACAAAAUUUACAAGAUUAUAUUAUCGAAUUAAAUCGUCAAUUAAAAGAUUGCCGUUUAGAAUUGAAUGAUACUCGAGCUCAAUUGGAAGCAUUGCAGAUUCAAUCAAACUCUACAGAAAGUACACGAGGCAAUUCAGUAUUUUCUGAAAUUGAAGAUCGACGUGUUCGUGCUGAACAGAUUGUUAUUAAACAAGGCGAACAAAUUAAUGAAUUAAAACUUCGUUUACGUCAAACAGAAGCUGAUGCAAAACGUAAAUUAACAGAAUCAAUUCAGAAAUUAGAAACAAGAUAUCGUGAUCGUGAUACAAAUUUCAUUGAUGAAUUAGUCGCUGAACGUGAACGUUUAAUGAAUGAAAAUACAAAAUUAAGUUAUCAAGUACAACAUUUGGAAGAAUUACAAUUGGAUCAAGAACGUGGAGCUUUGAAAAUAUCGAAAGCAUUCAAUUUAGAAGGUAAUUCACAAGAAAGUGUGAUAUCCAAUUUAGAACGUCGAGUUAAACAAUUGAAACGUGCUCAAGAACAAUCAACCGAAAUUAUUAAUGGACUACGUCAACGUUUACUUGAUUCUGGUCAAAUUAGACGUAAAUUACAAAAUGAAUUAUGGCAUAGUAUUGAUGAAAAUAAUGCAUUAUCUAUACAAAUUAAUGAACUUCGUAAACAACUGACUGAUUUACAUAGUGAAAAAAUUUCUGAUAAUUUGAAAGCAACUAAUAAUAAUAAUAAUAAUAUGGUGGGAUUGAACAGUAAACAAUCUAGUCCAUCACUUACAGAAAAACUCUCUAAACUUGAUGUAGAAAAUAUAGAUCCAGAUAAAUUAAAUACUAAUAACAAAUCCAAAUACAGUACAAAUCCAAUGAAACAAGAAAACCCCAUAGAAUUGUCAAAAUCUAUUCACAACAAACAGAAUCAUCCUACUGCUAGUCAAAGUAAAAAAGAUCUACCAACGAAUUGUGCUACUACUUAGGUAUAAGUUAUCUUUUCACACCGUUUUGGUAUUACAUCGUUGUUGUUCGUUGUAUAGCACACAAAUAGAAAUAAUAUUUGUAUAUUUACUUUCAAACUUACUUUAUAUUAUAAUUAUUUCAAUGUAAUUUAAGUUUUAUCUUGUGUUAUAUUAUUUUGGUGGAAUUGUAAAUAUAUACACUAUUCAAUUCCGAUGUUUAAACAAGUGAACACUGUUGCAGACACUAUAACACUUCCUUCUGUACAUCAGUAGAUGUUUUUGAUUGCAAUUUAGUAUUGGUUUUAAAUUAGAAUCCGGCAUUCUGUUUGAAGGUGGUCUCAUUUUUGAACAAUGUCAUAAUUCGUUGUUCAGUUGACGUGUGAAUGUUGGUGAAGCUGCACUAAUGAAUUGUGUACUUAAAACUGGAGACAAGAUAAUCAUUCAUGUAUCAACUAAUAAAUAUAUAUUAUGAGUGAG